UGAAACUCCUUAUGCACAGCUUUUCCCUUACCUGGCUUAGAUGACAAAGCGUAAGCCAGCUACUCAUGAUUUACAUCGGCUUCGGCUCGAACACUCAACCUUCGACAAUGCUUUGUUUAUGUGUAGCGCUAAUUUGCUGGACGUUGGCAAUAGUAUCUGGCUCCAGUUACACCUCUAUGGCGGAUGUGGUGAACCUUCACAAAGUUCUCAAGAACCGGAGUAAGUACGACCGCCAUAUUGUGCCUCUGAAAAACCAAGACCAGACGCUGGACGUCGACAUUUUUGUGUUGCUGUCCGCCAUUGACAUCGAGUUUAUCGAGGUCGAGAAGAAGGUCAAGGUUCUCAUGGACGUAAAGACCUCGUGGACGGACGAGAAUCUGUACUGGGACCCAUCACAGUACGGUGACCUCCAACACCUGCACGUGCAGGGCGACUGGGUGUGGCGCCCCGAGGUGCUGAUCAGAAUCCCACAGAAAGGAACCACGACGCAACAAAUCAUGGAGGGGGAGAGCAAAGAGCUGGAAAUGGUACUUGAUCAUACCGGAAAGGUGUUUCGCCACACAACGUUAAGUCUGUCCCUUUUCUGCUCUAUUGAUACUACCGAUUUCCCUUUUGAUGAACAAUACUUCAUGUUCAUUUUAGCCAUGUCUGUUGGAGAUAAUGUCAGGUACUCAGAAAUUUCAUCGUGUCUAAAUACAGAAUUCGAUAAUGGCAACCCGAGGUGGAGCAAUCUCAGAGUGGCCCACGAGCUAAUUAAGUUUGACAACUUCACCGACUUAAUGUGCACCGUCAGCAUGAAACGGAAGCCGCUAUUCUACGUCAUCAACAUCAUACUUCCGGUGGUAUUUCUGGGAUACCUGGAGGUGCUCGUGUUUGUGAUUCCCGCUGACGCCGGGGAGAAGUUGUCUUACGCCGUGGCCCUACUCUUGUCUUACAGCGUGUUCGUCAGUUUCGUCGCGGACAAUAUUCCGGAAGAUUCCGACAACGUCUCCGACCUGAUCUACUACAUAAUCUUCCAGUUUUUCAUUGGAGCAUUCGCCAUAUUCUGUACCACACUUCAGCUACGGCUGUACCAUCGUGACGACGAGAAAGACAUCCCCUACCUGUAUCGAUGCACUGUUAAGUUCGUCAACAUUCUUUUGCGUAAAAGAAAUAAAGUGGAGAGUUGUCCUAAGGAGGGAGAAAACAAGAGUAAGCAGUCAGAAAACCAUCCGUAUGUUCCACCGAAGGAAGUUACAGCAAAAUACAAAAAGACGACGCGCGUGAUGAGACGAAUGAAAACAAAGAGCGACCUCCAUGGGCAGACGUCGGCGUCGUCGUCCAUUCCAUCGGCGUCAUCAGACGUGGGGGCCAGGAAGAUGACGUGGCACAACGUGUCGUCCGCCAUUGAUUUCAUUCUGUUCUGGAUAUUCCUAAUAACCCAGAUUGUUCUCAAUAUGUGGUUCUUCUACCCUGCUUACAAAGCCGAUAGAUGACUAAAAAUUGACACAAUACUCAGUCUUUAUUCUAAUGUUUACACUUUAACAUACAUGUACUUUUGUAUUUGUUUCUCAAAGUAAAAAAAAUGUGUAUCAUUUUAUUGAUAUACCCAAGCUAUGGCAUCUUCUCUCUCUGAGGGUUUUCUGUCCACUUCGCUCCCCAUAAACCCAUGGGUUUUUUGGGCCAUAAACUCAUGGGUUAAUGGGGAACGGAGUGGACCGAAAACCCUUGGCUAGCGAAGACGAAGCUGUGGUACCUGCUAUUAGACGAGAUAUCAAAAUACUUUUGCUAAAAGAGGUAAUAUUUUUGACGUGUAAAAGGUUUAUACCGGUAAUACAUUCUUAGAAUGUUGAAUAUAUUAUAUAACUUUAGACAAAGUAUGAAGAUAUUUUGGACAGCAAGUACGUAGAUCAUGAAACUUUCCUUCAAAAGAGUGGUAAGAAAAUAGACCAAUUAGUUAAAAGACAAAACACAAAAUUAAAUUAGUUAAAAGAUAUAUAACAAAAUAAUGCUUAGGAUAUGGGCUUUAACUAAAAGAAAACACCCGGGUGAUUAAGAAUUGUUAUUUAUUUCAUUAAAAUUAUUUCAGUUUGUAUUGCACUCAAACUGAUGUCUAACUGCAAGUAUACUGUCCUUUAUAAAUAAAGGAUAUAAUAUAAAUAAAUUUUUGUAAAGGACAAUACGUGUACGCAUUGCAAAGCUGUUUUAAUUCUAUGUAAUUUAAAUUGUGGGAACGCUAAACUCUUGAUAUUCGUCACAUACUAGUAUGAAAGAUAUAACUUUUAAGAUAUCUGAACUUUCAAAACUGCAGUAGUUAAAAAAAGCACCAAUGAACCAGAAACCAUGAAUAAUCAAUGAUUCUGACAUAGUGCCGCUUUGAAAUAAUACUAAGGAAUCUGUUUCCUGUCUUGGUUCGUUUACUUAUUCUAGCUUCUGAAGUUAAUGCAUCUGUGUUCCUUUUUUGAUUGAAUAAAGUAAAAAGCUA